CCGACCUUUUCACCUUUCAGUUGUCACUGUCAAAGUGUCAAGUCAACUGUCAACUGUGUUUUAGUUUGUUUUUGUGUACAACUUUUAAUUUUUUAAAGAAGAAGAAGAACCUGUAAUUCAUAAAAAAUGAGUCGUAGAAAGCGGACGAAGGUCGAAAGCCGGGAGCUAGAAGAAAAAUUAAAGCAAGAUGAUUCGGAGUCUGAUCAAUCUGAGAAGAGUAAGGUUACUCCAAGUCCUACCUCGCUCGCUGGGCGUCGAGAGUCUUCGUCUAGUCGGACUACGGACUCUAAAAAGGAAGAUAAACCAAUAAUAAUUGAAGAAAGUAAAAGUGAAGAUAUUGAGGAAAUCAACUAUAAAGAAAUGUUAAAUAGUUUGGAAGGAGCAGCAUUUCAAUCCAGAUUGCCAUUUGAUAAAAUGUCUUCAUUGGAGGCGGAGUGUUUCACAGAUUUACAAGGUCCCUCCAGCCAGGCUUUUGUACAAAUAAGAAACAGAAUCUUGAAACUUUGGUUUGAAAACCCUAAAAAACAACUUACUUCAGAUGCAGCCGUACAGAAAAUGGAACCCCCUUAUAAUGGUGACCCUGCACUGAUAUUGAGGACUCACGGUUUUCUAGAAAGGCAUGGCUUUAUCAACUAUGGCAUAUAUGAACGAGUCACCCCUAUACCAAAUCCACCCAAAGGGAAACAGAGGCCCAAAGUUAUUAUUAUUGGAGCAGGUGUAUCAGGGCUAGCAGCAGCCAGACAACUCCAGUCAUUUGGUUGCGAGGUUGUCAUACUGGAAGGUAGAGAUAGAGUUGGUGGUAGAGUAGUCACAUACAGGAAAAAACCUUAUGUUGCUGAUUUAGGAGCUAUGGUGGUAACAGGUCUCGGAGGCAAUCCAGUCACUACUUUAUCAGUACAGAUGAAUAUGGAAUUACAUAAAAUAAAGCAGAAAUGUCCAUUGUAUGAAGCGACUGGGAAUCAAGUGCCUAAACAUAAAGAUGAAAUGGUGGAACGCGAAUUCAACCGUUUGCUGGACGCUACGUCUUAUCUGUCGCACCAAGUGGAUUUCAACUAUUACAAUGAUACACCGGUGUCUCUCGGGCAAGCUCUGGAGUGGGUGAUCAAGUUACAGCAGAAGAAUGUUAAGCAUAAACAGAUUCAACACUUGAAGGCAGUCAUAACUUUACAAGAGAAACUGAAGAAUAACAUAAAUAAGAUGAGUGAUAUAAAAGAGCUGCUGAAUUCAAUGAAAGCAGAAAAGGACGCAUUGCUCGUAGAGAGACAGAAAGGUGCGACAGGAGACGCCAGCAUUCUGCAAGAGUUCAAUUUUCGUAGACUCAAUCGAGAGAUGAACCUGCUCUGUAACGAAUAUGAGACACUCGUUACACAGAACAACACUAUCGAGGAGAAGAUGGCGCAAUUAGAGACAAAUCCACCGAGUUCGGUGUACUUAUCGGUUCGAGAUCGCCAAAUAUUGGAUUGGCAUUUUGCUAACUUGGAGUUCGCGAACGCUACGCCCCUCGGCAACUUAUCUCUGAAGCAUUGGGAUCAGGACGACGACUUCGAGUUCACUGGCAACCAUUUGACAGUCCGCAACGGUUACUCAUGCGUGCCAGUCGCGCUGUCAGACGGCCUCGAUAUAAGGCUGGGCACCGCCGUCACGGAGAUAUCCUACGAAGGACCAGGCGUCACCGUCAAAGCUGUGAACCCGCGCGCUCCUAACCAACCGCAAACAUUUAAAGGAGACGUGAUUCUCUGCACUCUGCCCCUGGGAGUGCUGAAAGUGGCGGUAGCGAACAACGGCCAGAAUCAGCAGAACUUCGUUAAGUUCGAUCCGCCGUUGCCUGAUUGGAAAAUAGCGGCCAUUAAACGUCUUGGAUAUGGCAACUUAAAUAAGGUUGUGCUGUGUUUCGAGAGAACCUUUUGGGAUCCGAGCGCCAAUCUCUUCGGGCAUGUUGGCACGACCACCGCUAGCAGGGGGGAACUGUUCCUAUUCUGGAACUUGUACAGCGCUCCAGUGCUUCUAGCGCUGGUGGCCGGCGAAGCGGCGGCCGUGAUGGAGAACGUGACGGAUGACGUGAUAGUGGGCCGGUGUAUCGCCGUGCUGAAGAGCAUCUUCGGACACGCUGCCGUGCCACAGCCCAAGGAAUGCGUGGUUACUAGAUGGCGUGCGGAUCCCUACGCCCGCGGCUCAUACAGCUUCGUAGCGGUUGGCUCUUCUGGAACUGACUACGAUCUUCUCGCAGCGCCGGUACCUGACUCUUCUGGAGAAAAUCGAUUGUUCUUUGCAGGGGAACACACGAUGCGCAACUACCCAGCGACGGUUCAUGGCGCAUUCCUCUCCGGUCUCCGCGAGGCUGGUCGUCUGGCGGACCUGCUGAUGCCUCUCCCGCCGGUCACCAGCGCCAGUGUCGCGGCUGUCAUGGCUGCCAUCAACCACUCAUGACCCGAGGGCAAGGAGAGGAAAGUCUUGAAGAAAGCUGUAGCAUAAUAUUUAGAUAAUAAUCUAUGUAUUUAGUUAGUACAGUCCAAUGCAAACAUUAAGACGUGUGGUGAUGCUCUGCCGCUGCGUUACCGCUGAUACCUAAAAUUUUGCAUUGCACAUCUUCACGCACGUUGUUCCGAAACGUCUUGAAGUUCGCAUUGUACUAUUCGUUUGCAUGGUUACUCGUCCCGCAUGCAUGUUGGACGUUUUUUUUGUCAUUAUUUAAUGUUUGAUUAUUAGGUAUAAGGCUGAUUGAGUGGUGGUAGUUUUUUCAUCUAUUUUAAAAUAAACACUUACUUAGCCAUGUAAUGAAAUUAAUAGAAAUGAAAUAAAAUACAUUAAUAUAAAUGAAAUGAAUUGAAAUCAUUGUAAUUAAACAUUUACAUAAUUUAUAUUUACCAUUUACAUUUACAGAUUCACCAUAAUUCAAAAUCCUUUCACGCUAUUACUACACAAAAAUUGCGUAGAACUGUAAGCAAAUAUAAAUGUCAAAGUUAAAAAAUAACGCAACGCAUGAAGUUUAUUAGUUUAAAUUUAUUUAUGUUUUAAAAUGUUCACCUUUAUAAGCCAGAUUAUUCGCUUAUAAAUAAAUCAAUGUCCAUUUAUAGUGAAGUAAGAUUGAUUUCACUAUUAAACGAAAGUUAGGAUUACCAACAAAAAACCACAAAGUUUUAAUUGCAUCGCAGUAUUAUAAGGAGUACUUCGUUGAAAAUAAUUUUCUCUAAGCUCAGAGAGCAAACGAUUAUAAGUUAUUAUGUUUAAAGUUAAAACGCAAGAUAGUCGUAAUUAAGGGCCCUGAAAUUUUAAAGCCGGCCAUACACGAUCAGUUUGAAGCAGGAGCGACUGCUUCAAGCUACGACUGCAUAAUGGACAGACUUCUACGUCUCAACUGCUCGAGUGAUUAGUGAACGUACGUACAUACACUAACCGCUCGAGCAGUUGUUACUUGGCCUGUAGCCAUGUGGUACGUCGAAUUUCUUUCUACAAACGCUAACGCUUCGAAAAAUAACAAAAUGUAUGGGACUGAUAUUCAAUAUUGGGAAUAAAAUUCUCAGAAGAUCCAAAGUCACCGACAUAGCUCAACGAGUCGCGAAGCGAUGUGGCAAUGGGCGGGGUACAUAGUUCGAAGAGCCGAUGGACGUUGAGGUUAAGGUCCAAUAACCAACAAGCGAGUCGCAGGGAUUUGCUGGAUGCAGGCGGCUCAGGUCGUGAUGUUUGAAAGUCCCAAAAGGCCUAUGUCCUGCAAUCGAAGGUCAUCGUCUGAUAUGUUGAUGAUGAACAUUUAAAUUGCCAUCUGCUUGAGCAGUUAAGCCAAUUGCUCGAGCAGUUAUCAAUGACAGCUUCAAGCUGUUAACUCUGACAAAACGCUAACUGCACGAGCAGUUAUCAAUGGCAGCUUCAAGCCGUUGACUCUGAUCAUGUAUUUUGAUCACUGGCUAACUGCUCGAGCUGACCGUGUAUGGCCGGCCUAAGUUGUUCGCUAGUUACAAACGGCGUUUUAAUUAAUGUUUGUUUUGUGUUUGUACUUUUCCAUUUUCGUGCACUAGACAGUCGGUAAAGUUGACGAAGGGACGGGGGUGACUGAGCUUUGAGCUUUAAUUAAAAAUUUAGUUUUAACUAAUAUUUGCUUGAACUGUAAUUGAAAAUUCUAUGGAUGUUGUAAAUGCGUGAUUGCAUCAAAAUUCGUGUAAAACUAAAUAUGAAAAUAAUAAGCGAAUGAGAAAAAUAUCUAAUUAUUAAAAGUGUCAAGGUUCAAUUAAAUAUUAUAAGUUAAGUAGCAAUUCACCUAAUAUGCUAGCAAUUUUUUACUUUUAUUUUUAUUCUUCCUUGUAUCUCCAUUUGUGCCUCCAAUACAGGAGUAGGCUGUCAGAUUUUUUAUUUUGGCUACACCUGUGGCUAUGGGUGUCUGGAUGUCUGUUCAUUUAAGUUACUGUGAUUUCUUUUUUGAAUUGACUUCCAAUUUAUCUUUUUUCCUAUUGAUUAUUAAGUAUAGGAAAAAGAUUACUCGGGACUUACCGUUAUACCAAGUUUUUCCUAUUGAAUAUAGGAAACGUUCUGAGUACGUCUACUACUUAUUUUUUCUUAGGAUAUGAUCUAGAUAUACGUCUAAAAAAUUUUUGCGUGUUUUCUUCUACCGGGACAUAUAGGCCCGACUUACGCCUAAUGUUUUUCAUGUUUUUGUGUAGUUUUAUGUUUCCGAGGGCCUAGUGGCAUUUUGAUACACUUACUAUCGCGUUAACGUAAACGCGAAUUUCUAAGGAAUUAAGACAUCGCCAUUACUACACAGCUGUUUCAAUUCAACGCGAUAGUAACUCCCACUAGGCACAAAGAUCUUGUAUCGUUCGACUAUACUGUGCCUACGCCUUUAGAUCAUUAUUAAAUCUGUCUCUUGGCUUUAUUAUAAUGGACUUGUUAUUUUAAUGGACUUAUUAUUUCAAUGGACUCACGUAAUUUGAUGAAUUAAGGUUGUGUUUUAGUUUAAUAUAUUUAGAAAAUAAGUUUCGUUUUUGUCUACUUGAGAAACAAUAAAUUGAUGUCAAAUAA